ACAUAAGUGGCAAGUCAGCCCUCAGAUGUGGACACAUUACAUAUUUAACCCUCAAAAAACCGCAUCACUUCCGCUGUUUCUCUUCUCAAUCCUACAGCAGAGCGUCACCUCACCCAUCGGUCUCACAUCAGCGUUCACUAACAGCAUCUAAGAGAAAUGUCUGCAGCCGGAGAUGUACCUGCCUUCUUCCAGAACAUGGGGAGCUCCAGUCCCAACCAGCCUCGUCAGAAAUUCUGUGGCAUGUUCUGUCCAGUGGAGGGUUCGGCAGACAACAAGACGCUGGACUUUGACUCGCUGUCCUCAGGUAAAGGUCGAGUGAUACAGAGGCAGAAGGAUAUCUCCAAACCACGAAAGGUGGAGAUCAGAAGAAGUGCCGGUAAGGAGAUCCUCCAGAACCUAAACGACGAGAGUGACCGUCUUCUGAUUAAAGGGGCUAAGAUUGUGAACGAUGAUCAGUCAUUCUGUGCCGACAUCUAUAUGGAGGAUGGCUUGAUCAAACAAAUUGGAGAAAAUUUGAUAGUGCCUGGUGGGGUGAAAACCAUUGAUGCUCAUGGGCGCAUGGUGAUGCCAGGUGGCAUUGAUGUGCAUACACGCUUCCAGAUGCCCGACAGGGGCAUGACUGCAGCUGAUGACUUCUACCAAGGCACCCGUGCCGCCCUGGCUGGCGGAACCACCAUGAUCAUUGACCACGUGGUGCCUGAACCCGGGAUGAGUCUGAUCUCUGCGUUCAAUCAGUGGCGUGAAUGGGCAGACAGCAAAGCGUGCUGUGAUUAUUCCCUUCACGUGGACAUCACCGAAUGGCAUAAGGGCGUCCAGGAGGAGAUGGAGGCACUCGUCAAAGACCAUGGAAUUAACUCUUUCCUUGUCUACCUGGCUUACAAAGAUGUCUUUCAGCUCACUGAUUCCCAGAUCUAUGAAGUGUUCAGUGUAAUUCGGGAUCUUGGGGCCAUCGCUCAGGUUCAUGCCGAGAAUGGAGAUAUCAUAGCCGAGGAACAGGGCAGGAUCCUUGAGUUGGGUAUUACUGGACCAGAGGGACAUGUUCUCAGCCAUCCAGAAGAGGUGGAGGCGGAGGCAGUCAACCGCUCUGUAACAGUGGCCAAUCAGACCAACUGUCCUCUUUACAUCACCAAGGUGAUGAGCAAGAGUGCCGCUGAUGUCAUCGCCCAGGCCAGGAAGAAAGGCACCGUUGUGUAUGGAGAGCCAAUCACAGCAAGUCUUGGCACAGACGGAUCGCACUAUUGGAGCAAGAACUGGGCCAAGGCUGCCGCCUACGUCACGUCCCCACCCUUGAGUCCAGAUCCAACCACACCAGACUAUCUAAACUCACUGCUGUCAUGUGGGGAUCUGCAGGUUACAGGAAGUGCUCACUGUACCUUUAACACUGCCCAGAGAGCUGUAGGUAAAGAUGAUUUCACCCUCAUCCCUGAAGGAACCAAUGGCACUGAGGAAAGAAUGUCCAUCAUCUGGGACAAAUGUGUGGUAACUGGAAAAAUGGAUGAAAAUCAGUUUGUGGCCGUCACCAGCACCAACGCAGCUAAGAUCUUCAACUUGUACCCACGCAAGGGUCGCAUUGCCGUGGGCUCAGAUGCUGACCUGGUGCUUUGGGAUCCUGAUGUUACAAAGAUUAUAUCAGCAAAGAGCCACAAUCUGGCUGUGGAGUACAACAUCUUUGAGGGCACAGAAGUGCGUGGGGCACCCAUGGUGGUCAUCAGCCAGGGAAAGAUCGUUCUGGAGGAUGGGAACCUCCACACCACUGAGGGAUGCGGCCGCUACUUGACCCGUAAGCCUUUCCCUGACUACGUCUACAAGAGGAUAAAGGCUCGCAGUAGGCUUGCUGAAUUGAGGGGUGUCCCCCGAGGUCUCUACGAUGGGCCGGUCUGUGAGGUCUCAGUGACGCCCAAAGCUGUGACCCCUGCUUCCUCUGCCAAGACCUCUCCGGCCAAGCAGGCCGGUCAACCUGUCCGCAACCUGCAUCAGUCCGGCUUUAGCCUCUCUGGUGCUCAGGUUGACGACAACAUCCCUCGUCGCAACACCCAACGCAUUGUUGCGCCCCCUGGUGGCAGGGCCAACAUUACCAGCCUGGGCUAAAGCAACAGUCAACAGGAGAAUAGAGGGUUGGGAUGUCUAUAAACCGAGAUGUUUGCUCAGACCACAAAUGCCAAACCCUCUAAAGGGCCUAUGAUUCUCCACUCCCUAGUCUCCCAACCCCUUACCUCUUGCCCCAGUACCCCUGUUUUCUUUCCCGACCCUACACCACUUCCUAGAGGAGUCAUCUUGAGAAAAAAGUAUUUGCCUCAUGUGAAGAGAAGUAAAAAUGUAACAACCACAUUUGAGCACUUCUGAUUGUAUGAUUUUUAUACUGUACUUUCUACCCACCAUGAUUCAUGUUAUUAUUUUUGUAUUUAACUUUAUUUUCUUUUGAAAUCAGAGGGAUCAAGUGAGUGUGAUAGAAAGCUGUUGUUUAUCAUUGUUACUUUAUUAAUAAGGCAAGCGGGAUAGAGUACUGGGUUUCUCAUUUCAUUGUUUGAGGCUAAAAGUGUACUAAAGGGAUAGUUAAUAAAAAAAUUACAUUCUGUCAUCAUUUACUCACCCUCAUGAUGUUCCAAACCACUAUGGCUUUAUUUCUUCCAUGAAAUAAAAAAGAUGUUAGGCAGAAUUUUAGCCUCAGUCAUCAGGUGUUGGCUGUAAUCUGAUUACAAGGUAAUUAUUUACUGUAUUCUAAUUACUUAUAAAUUUAAAAAAAAAAGUAGUUUAACACAUCUUGUUAUUAGAUUAUAGUUACUAAAUUUCAUUUAAGGUAAUUCAGGUAAUUACUUUUAAGGACAUUACUUGGGUUACACAUAUUUCUACAAAAUUAUUUUUUAUGUAUAAUACAUUUAACAUAUGAAUUCAAAUUAUCAUAUGUACGUCUGUGUUUCUGUGACAGCUGAAGGGUGUAUGACAGUGGACAUUAUUUUGAAUUUGUUGAGUGAAUAAAUGAUUGUUUCAGUGAAAAGUGCUUUAGAAAGUAACUUAAAAGUUAAGAAAUGUGUAAUUGUGAUUACUUUUUGAUGAAGUUAUGUGACCUAAUUACAAUACUGAAAUAUAAGUAGUCAUUUGUUGUGGAUUACUUUUUUGAGUAACUUACCCAACACUGAUCACAAUUCACUAUAAUUUUAUGGGGAAAAAUUGCAAUGAAAGUGAAUGUGACUAAGAUUGAACAUGUGCUGUCAUACAUCUCAUUUUGCUUUCCAAUGUAGAAAGAAAGCCAUAUGGGUUUUGAAAAAAAUGAGGAUGAAUAAAUGAUGACAGAAUUUUCAUUUUUUGUUUAACUAUUCCUUUAAAACAGGUAGGAAUGUCAUUAUUCUUAAGAAUGUCUCAUUGCGUUAUAACAGUCAGUACAUUUAGACCAACAUGAACAGCUGACCGUAUUCCGCCCAUGAUAUUCAAUAUGAUAAUUUCUGUACGCAGUUAAUAAAAUAAAUAUUUUCCAGUGGUUAA